AGAGCCCCGGGUCACCCAUGAGGCUAGAGGCCGCAGCCAGGAUGGAUGUGUUCAGGAAGCUGUGGAAGGCGCGGAAACUGAUCGUCGUCGUGUUCAUCCCGCUGUCCCUGCUUCCCCUACCGCUCAUCCACCCCACCAGCGAGGCAUGCUGUGCGUACGUGCUGAUGGUGACGGCAGUCUACUGGGUGUCUGAGGCUGUUCCCCUGGGUGCUGCUGCUCUGGUACCCGCCUUCCUCUACCCACUUUUUGGAGUACUCAAGUCAAGCGAGGUGGCAGCAGAGUACUGUAAAGACACCACCCUGCUGCUGAUGGGAGUCAUCUGCCUGGCAGCCUCUAUAGAGAAGUGGAACCUGCACAAACGCAUCGCUCUGCGCAUGGUGAUGAUUGCAGGGGCCAAACCUGGCAUGUUGGUGCUGGGCUUCAUGUGCUGCACAGUAUUUCUGUCCAUGUGGCUCAGCAACACGUCCACCACAGCCAUGGUGAUGCCCAUAGCUGAGGCCGUCCUGCAGCAGCUGAUCUGCACUGGCUUGGCCGACAGCCACGAUGACUCCGAAACCGCUGAGGCCCCCGAGGAAGACAGCGCUGUUUCAGACAAAGAAGAAACCCUGGACAAAAACCAGCUAGAGUUGCUCUAUCGCAACGACAGCAACAACUGCACGAAACAGGAGCUCUUAACACUAAGGGAGGUACAGACUGGGGAGGCGAAUGGUUUAGGUCUGAGGCCAGUCUCUAACCAGGAGUUCAUCAAGCACACCAAUGGACACCUGCCGCAGGUUGCAAUUGAAAUCCCAAAUGUGAAGCGAGUGAAGGCCAGGAGAGACUCGCAGUAUCCUACCAAGAGGGAUCACAUGAUCUGCAAAUGCUUGUCGCUCAGCAUCACCUACGCUGCAACCAUCGGCGGUCUCAUCACCAUCACUGGCACGUCAACCAACCUCAUCUUUGCCGAGCAGUUUAACACUCGUUAUCCAGAUGCAAAGGUGAUAAACUUCGGCACGUGGUUCAUCUUCAGCUUCCCCAUCGCCAUCAUCAUGCUGGUCCUCACCUGGCUGUGGCUGCACUUCCUCUUCCUUGGCUGCAAUUUCAGGGAAACAUGUUCUUUGAGUAAGAAACGCAAAACAAGGAGAGAGAUGCUGUCAGAGAGGAGGAUCCAUGAGGAGUACGCCAAACUGGGACCCAUCAGUUACCCAGAGGUUGUGACCGGUGUUUUCUUCAUCCUGAUGACUCUGCUGUGGUUCACCAGAGAGCCUGGCUUUGUGCCCGGCUGGACGUCUCUUUUUGAAAAGAAAGGCUACAGAACCGAUGCAACAGUGUCUGUCCUGCUGGGCUUCCUGCUCUUCCUCAUACCUGCGAGGCGACCCUUCUCCUCCUCCAGCUGCAGGAACGCAGCAUCAAAUGACAAUUCAGAGUCUGACCCGCUGGCUCCCAUGAUCACCUGGAAGGACUUCCAGAGACUGAUGCCGUGGGAGAUCGUCAUCCUGGUGGGGGGAGGCUAUGCACUGGCUGCUGGUUGCAAGGUGUCAGGCCUGUCAGUGUGGAUCGGCAGACAGCUGGAGCCCAUGAGUGGUCUUCCUCCGUGGGCUGUCACCCUGCUGGCCUGCCUGCUGGUGUCAGCGGUCACAGAGUUCGCGUCCAACCCAGCAACUCUCACCGUCUUCCUGCCCAUCCUGUCAGCGCUGUCAGAGACGCUGCGAAUCAACCCCCUCCACACUUUGAUCCCAUCCACCAUGUGCGUGUCAUUCGGGGUCAUGCUUCCAGUGGGGAACCCCCCCAACGCCAUCGUCUUCAGUUACGGCCACGUGAAGAUCAGCGACAUGGUGAAAGCUGGCUUCGGGGUGAACCUGAUUGGUGUGGCGGUGGUGAUGUUGGCCAUCACCACGUGGGGCGUUCCCCUCUUCAACCUGACUGAGUUCCCAGCUUGGGCGGAGGCAAGGAACGUCACCGGUAUCUUAUAACCCCUAGGGGAGGGGAUGAAUCAUAGAAAGACAGAAAGAGAUGGGCAGUGUUUCUGUACAGAAAGACAAGAAAAUGACGUCAAGGGGACAGUCUUGCUCAGAGUUUGGCCCUUUCUUAGACAGAUUAAAACUGGACCUGAAGGAGGAGAAGAAGAGGAGAGUGAAAAAACCAUUACCUGUUGCUUAGAUGUAAUGACUAGAAUUCUAUUAUUAUUGGCCACAAGGGGGCGUUAGUAGGGACGCAGCAUGGCCUCCGUGUGGAGCUCUGACCUCCAGCGAAAACCUUUUUUUUUUUUUUACCUCCGUUAGCAAAGUUUGAUGCAGAGUCAGUUUCCACCGAAUCACUGAAGAUAUUACUAAGAACUACAAACAUACUUGUGGUGAUCAGGAAACUUUUUGAUUUAUAAUAGAAACAAUGAUAAAGUGUUUUUACGUCAUGAUGCAUCAUGAUAUUUAGAUAGAAAUUGGCCGUACAGCCAUUGUAGAUCAGCCUCUUUUUACUGCAUGCUUGCUGAACUUCUGCUGCACUUAAAUGCACUGCUCUUUAACCAGAUCACACACACUGCAGCGUGGUGGGCUGGUGACAAGUUUGCUGAGAGAAUUUGAAGUUUUGAUAUAUCACUUUGGCUACACUGAUUGCUGUAUUAAAGCAAGAUAAAUGCAU